AUGAUCAAGGCGGACAUGCAUGUCCAUCUCCGGCAAGAUGCCAUGAUGGAACUAUGCACUCCCUUAGUAGAAAAGGGGGGCUGCGAUACAGUCUUUGUCAUGCCUAAUCUCACCCCCAAGAUAGGCAGUGUCUCACAAGCAAUUGAGUAUCACGACAAGCUGCAGAAGCUCGCGCCCAAUGUCAAAUUUCUCAUGUCUCUGUAUUUGCAUACUGGAUUGACGGAAGAAGAAAUUGAGGAGGCAGCCAAGUCGGGGGUUAUAUAUGGGGUUAAAUUCUAUCCUGCCGGUGUGACAACAAACUCCGCCGAAGGUGUCCUUGACAUAGAGCAAUUAUACCCCGUGUUCGCCGCCAUGGAGAAACACGACCUCGUUCUCAACCUACACGGCGAGAUGAUCAGCACUCCGGCCAGCGCUGUCGGAAAGCAGACUGAACCCGUUGUGACUGUGCUCAAUGCCGAGCCUCUUUUCAUCCCUCAACUUGCCAAGUUGCAUGCUGCGUUUCCGAAAUUGAGGAUUAUUUUGGAGCAUGUUAGUACGAAGCAGGGUUUGGACGCCGUUCGUGCUUGUGGACCUAAUGUUGCCGGAACUAUCACAGCACACCAUCUCCAUAUCACAAUCGAUGAUGCCGUUAGCGAUGUUUUCAACUUCUGCAAGCCAGUUGCAAAGACACCCGAAGAUCGUCUAGCCUUAGUCAAGGCCGUCGUUGACGGAUCCGGAAAAUUCUUCUUCGGAAGCGACUCAGCACCUCACCCAGUCCAAUCCAAGAAAGGCGCCGGAGCCACUGCAGCCGKCUGCUUUACUCAACCUUACGUAUCCCAAAUCGUCAUAGAAGCUCUCGAAGCCGCUACCGAACAGGGAUGGGUUAAUGAAAACGAGCUCACAUUGGAAGCCAUUGAGGGUUUCCUGUCGGGCUUUGGUCGCAAAUUCUACAAGUUGCCUGCUGCAAGCUCAACAAAGAAGAUUCGUUUGGAGAAGAAAGGUGAGAAGAUUCCGGAUAUCGUUAGAUCGGCAGAUGGUGCGGUUGAGGUUGUUCCGUGGGGAAGAGGAAGGGAGGUUAGAUCAUUGUCGUGGAUUUAA